CUAAGUUGCAUUCCUUGAAUCUUCGCAGAAAAGACCAUUCUUGGAUCAGAGUUAGUAAUGUGGACAGCACACAGCCGAGAGAGUCUGGGGCUCCUCUCUUUCCCUGUGAUGAUUGCCAUGGUCUGUUGUGCACACAGCGCCAACGAGCCCAGCAACAUGUCCUACGUGAAAGAGACGGUGGACAGACUGCUCAAGGGAUACGACAUCCGCUUGCGGCCGGACUUCGGAGGGCCCCCUGUGGACGUGGGCAUGCGGAUCGAUGUCGCCAGCAUAGACAUGGUCUCCGAAGUGAACAUGGAUUAUACACUCACCAUGUAUUUCCAGCAGUCUUGGAAAGACAAAAGGCUUUCUUAUUCUGGAAUCCCGCUAAACCUCACAUUAGACAACAGGGUAGCUGACCAACUCUGGGUGCCAGACACCUACUUUCUGAAUGACAAGAAAUCAUUUGUGCAUGGAGUUACAGUGAAAAAUCGAAUGAUACGACUUCAUCCUGAUGGAACAGUUCUCUACGGACUCCGGAUCACAACCACAGCUGCAUGUAUGAUGGAUCUACGUAGAUAUCCUCUGGAUGAACAGAACUGCACUCUGGAAAUUGAAAGUUAUGGCUAUACCACGGAUGACAUUGAGUUUUACUGGAAUGGAGGAGAGGGAGCAGUAACUGGAGUCAAUAAAAUUGAGCUUCCUCAGUUUUCAAUUGUCGACUACAAGAUGGUAUCCAAGAAAGUGGAGUUCACAACUGGGGCAUAUCCACGACUGUCACUAAGUUUUCGUCUAAAGAGAAACAUUGGUUACUUCAUUUUACAAACCUACAUGCCUUCCACACUGAUUACAAUUCUGUCCUGGGUGUCUUUUUGGAUCAACUAUGAUGCAUCUGCAGCCAGAGUUGCACUAGGAAUCACCACUGUGCUGACAAUGACAACCAUCAGCACUCACCUCAGGGAGACCUUGCCAAAGAUCCCGUAUGUCAAAGCGAUUGAUAUUUACCUGAUGGGUUGCUUUGUGUUUGUGUUCCUGGCUCUGCUGGAAUAUGCCUUUGUAAAUUACAUCUUCUUUGGAAAAGGCCCUCAGAAAAAGGGAGCUAGCAAACAAGACCAGAGCGCCAAUGAAAAGAACAAACUGGAGAUGAAUAAAGUUCAGGUGGACGCGCACGGCAACAUCCUGCUGAGCGCCCUGGAGCUGCGGACCGAGGCGAGCGGCUCCGAGGUGCUGACGGGCGCCAGCGAGCCCCAGGCGGCCGGCGUGUUCGCCUUCGACAGCGCCAGCGUCCAGUUCCGCCGGCCGCUCAGCAGCCGCGACGCCUACGGCCGCGCCCCCGACCGGCUGGGCGCGCACGGCAAGGGCCGCAUCCGGCGGCGGGCGUCGCAGCUCAAGGUCAAGAUCCCCGACCUGACGGACGUGAACUCCAUAGACAAGUGGUCCCGAAUGUUCUUCCCCAUCACCUUCUCCCUCUUUAACGUCGUCUACUGGCUCUACUAUGUCCACUGAGGGGCGGCCCGGCGGCCCGGGUCACGCGCGCCCGCGCCUCGCCCCGACCCCCGGCCGCCGCCGCGCAGCUGCCUCCCGAGGUAAGACGUUCGGCCGCCCGCCCCGGUGAGGUCUCGCUGUCCAUU